GCGCCCAUGAAGUGCACGACAGUUGGUCUUAUCUUAGUGAUAAUUGCAGAUUUAUCUCAGGUUGUUUACGUAAGUAUGGUCGAUGAUGAAUUUGAAGGAUCAAGAACCAUUACUGUUGAACAUUCCUUUGGUAAUGAAGAAUAUUCUAAACGUGGUACAGUUGUGAUCAGAUCAUUAAAAGGAAACAAAGCUCAUUUUACACCUACUCCUGAUUUUGAACCUAGAGAUAUUUUAAAAAGUUUAAAGAAAUCUGUAAAAUCUGAUAUUAUUUACCGUAUAAGAGUACCUAUAAAAGAUGGAGGAAAAGAUUUUGUUUCAACAUUUAUACCAUCAUGUUCUUUGUACGAAUCUGGUCUCAAUGAUCAGCUGACAUUAAAUUUUGACCAAUCAGGAGAGGUUUUAGGUGUCUCGUUAGUGACACAGCCUGGAGGAUGUAUAGGCUUGGUUGUACCAGACUCUAAUUUUACUGAUUGGAAGACAACAGUAGAUGUCAUGCAAACAGUUUCUGGUCCCAUACCUGACACCCAGACCUAUAUAGAUAAAAUGAACAGAGAUAAAAUGGAGAAGGAAAAAGGUGGACAAACAGAUAAUAGAUCAUUUUUUGGAAAAUAUUGGAUGUAUAUUGUACCAGUUGUGAUAUUAAUGAUGAUAGCUACCUCAGCUGAUCCUAAUGCUCAAGGUGGUGGAAGAUAGAAUGAACACUUAUCCAGACUUUUCAAUCCUCAGCAUGCUAAGAAUUUAUAAUCUUUAGUAUGAUCUUUCUACUUCAUAAAGAAGCAUUAAAUGUAUGGUUAUACUUACUAACAUAACAUUUCAUAUGCUGUUACAUUCAGCAAUAAAUAAUACAGUUAAUAAAAUGAGAAGUAUUUCCAUGUUUCCUGUGUUUCUGAAUGUUUUGUUUUGGUCUUGGUCUGUCUAAAAAUCAUCAUCAUUGUGUGACUUUGUAGACUCCUUUGAAUUCAUUUUGUCCAUGAUUUCCACAUGCUUUAAAUCUGGAUAUCCAUAUGCUAAAUUUUCAGGUCAUUGUACAUACUCACAUAAAUUUGCUGUCGUAAUAGAUGUCUGAAAUUCUGAUGCUCUCUUAUGGAAAUUUCUUCUAUUUUGAGCCUGGCUGAAUUUCAUCAAUAUCAAUACUUGAAUAAAGAAAAUCAAUGCCUAGUAAUCUUGAGCCUUUGCUUUGUUUCUCACAAUUUUAAGAUUUUUUUUUAAAUAAAAUUAACUACCAUUUCAAUUUUGUGCAUGAUGUUGACAUGUUUAUGCUUGUAAACUUUUUUUUGAGAAGAAGGGCCUGGUUGUUGUUGAUUUCACAUAUUCAGUAACAUCAGUUAAAUUUUGUAACAUGUUUUCAGCCUUAUUUAUAUAAUAAUUAUGUAUAUUAUCUGAUCAUGUAUGAUUGUGGAUGUAUUUUUGAUGUUACAAAACUUGGUUAUCAGUAUAGUCUAAAUAUUAUUUAAUUUUUUAUAACAGAAAUAUCAGAGGCUUUAUUCUCAAAAACUUAACUUUAGAUGAUUAAGUGUUCCAGACACAGUCAUCAGAUAAAAAGAUUUUAAAUUUAUUUUUAUUAUCAAAUCAAAUUACUGUAUUUCUUAAAAUCUUGAUUUUUACCUUGGCAAUAAUUACAGCUUUUACACUUAUUCAUCACUAGACUUCAGUAUCUUUGACCAUCACUGGGUUGUAAAAUUUUGAGUAGAUACUGUAGACAAAUUCAAUAUAAUUGCAUUGGACAAGCCAUGACCUGUCAAAAGGUCUGGUUUUAGACCCCUGAUGAAUAUGAGAUUAGUAACAUAAAAAUACAGAGGUUGAAAUAUUUUUCGGAAGGGCCAAAAUUCGAAAAUGUAACUAUUAUGUUUCCUGACAGUCAAUUUGGACCUAAAUUGAAUAACAAAUAGUUAUUAAAUAUGUUUCUUUUUUGUAUGUGUGUAUAUUAAUUGUCUCUGAUGUAUAUUUAAUUUGCUAAUAAAUGUUUAUUGUAACUU